AUAGAUUUCAAUGCGCCACUAAGCGAUUUUCCGUUUUUCUCUUUUUUUGUCUUAAUUACUAGGAAUCACGAAGCGCGCCAUUUAUUUUCAGUUCACUGUACAGUUUUAAUUAUUGCAGUAAGCUUAAUCUUGACCUUUAGAAAUCUUAGGCUUCUUUCAUCAUUUUCGAUCAACUUAAUUGACCGAUUAAGUGUCAACUAUGACCAGUAUAUUCAUAAUCUAUUUUUAUUUUUAACUGUCUCAAAUAAUGAUUAGUUUAUGAGAUCUUAAGUGUACUUAGGACAAUUUUAAAUAUAAAAAUCGAGUAUGAAUACCGGCCUAUUGAUCUAUUCUACAUUUGCUUACAUUUUGCUUGCUUGUGACAAAUGCGAUGGUCAAUUCCAAUGAAAUAAUCGACUGAUUUAAAUUAAUCGAAGUUGAUGAAAGAGACCCUUAUCCAUUUCUAUCAAUGUAAAUUAACUUAGAUCUUGGUUAAAUUCACUUUUUAUUUUUAUAUAAUUCUAUGAAUUUCCGCCAAUAUAAAGGAUAAAUUGAACCGAGAUUAAUCCAUAUCGAUAAAAAUGGGGGUUAAUCGUAGUAAAUUAAACUGCCAAUUCACAACAAUAUCUGUUCACGACACAAAAUUAUGUGUCAUACGUCGAGUUAAAAAUGACUAUCAGCAUCACGGGAAGGACAACAAGGAAUUCGAAUUAUCGAUUUAACAUAUCAUUUUUAAGAAAAAUAUAUUCAAAAUGCUUAAUUUACACUAAUCUUAAUAAACGCAAAUUAAAACACUUUAGAUCGCCUUCACUUUGAUACAGCAAAUUUAAAAUUUUAAAUCUCGCUUAAAUCAAAAUAAUGUUAAUGCAACCGCGCCUUUAAAGACAUUCAUAACAUACGUCAUUAAUUUUAUUUAGAAACCGUCGAAUAUUUGAAGUGGUAGCGAUGAUGAUUCUAUUUCUUUGCGAUGUAACAUUCGCGAUUAAUUCGAUUCGAUAGAUAACUAAAAUAUCUUUCGAAAAAAAUUGAGAGAGUCACCGGAAAUAACGGCGGAAUGUUUUUGGAUACUCGACGACGACAUUCUCAUCCCGAAUUCGGUAACCUUCCCGGAGGUCAAUGAUAUGAUGGGAAAAGCACGUUCGCAUUGAAUCGCCGGAAAUACGAGCGGUAUUACAUCAUAAUGCGCUACCGCAUACGGUGUCACGUGUUACGAUUGCGCGCGCGGACGGCCGUUCCCUUUGUCAGUCGGCUAAAAUCGAGAUAGCCGAUUAUCCGAGUAGAAAUCCGUGUGGUGGAUCUAAUAAUACGUCGGAGUGAGUUAUCGCUAUCUUAUCGCCAUCUCUCUCCGAGAAGGUAAACACCAGUGAAAUUCUGCGGGGAAAUGAUUCGAGCGGUUGGAGGCAUCCGAUCGCGAGAGCCGCUACUGGCCGUUUCGAUGUGUUGUGUACGUGGACUUUGACUCGCGACACGCAUAUGUGUGUGUGUGUGUGUAUGUGUGUGUGUGUGUGUUAAGGCUUAUCAAUCGAGUGCCGUAACGUGUACAUUUACAGCGAAUUCGGUUGCCCGCGCAGGCUUUCUCCUCGCCGGUACGCCCGAUCGAGUCGCUUAUGCGUGAAGAUAUCUAAGCGAAAGUGCAAGCUCUCCGACAAUAUUUUCGAGGACCGUUUCGAUCGCAGGAGUCAGAUUGAAGAAAGGCACAGCUUCGCUCGGUCAGAUUGAAGAAAGGCACAGCUUCGCUCGGUCUAGGAUUAAGUCGUUGCCGCGGUUAAUUUCACGAAUACGGCUUCACCGCAUUGGGAAAUUGAGAGACGCACGUGACAGCGAUCGGCUCUCCUUUUCGAGAUUUUUCCAAAAAGUAACAGGAUGGGCGAUAGCGACGAUACUGGCGAGUGUGAUGAGAAGAGCGAGGAGAAAACGGAUCCGGGCGCUAUCAGGCACGGGAACUUCAUGAAUUAUUACCAAUUCCAUCCUGCGGAAGAGCGCGUGCGGCAACUUCCGCGUGGCGUGUGGCAGCGGCGGCCGGUCGCUCAUCCGGCCCGGAAAUACGCGGGUCUAGACGUCGGCUGUAACGCCGGGGAUCUGACGUACAUUCUGCGCGACUUCCUCGAGGAGACCAUGUCGCAAAAUCAACCCGAGAUCUCCUUAAUCGGCAUAGAUCUCGAUCCGAUUCUGAUCGAGAGAGCGCGCGAACGUAAUCCGCGCCCGGAUUGCGUGACCUUCGAGUGCUUGGACUUUUUAUCCGAGGACUGUGGCGAGAUUCUGAGGGGAUAUCUGGCGCGGAUGAAUAAAACGCGAUUCGACGUGGCAUUCUGUUUCUCGAUCACCAUGUGGAUCCAUUUGAAUCACGGCGAUGACGGUCUAGAGGCGUUCCUGCGUCGAGUCUGCGAGCUCGCGGAGAUGAUCGUCGUCGAGCCGCAGCCCUGGAGGUGCUACAGAAACGCGUCGAGGAGGCUGCGAAGAGCGAAAUCGGAGGACUUUCCGUUGUUGAAGGAACUCAAAUACACCGGCGAUCCGAGCAAGCACAUAGAGAACAUUUUGACGAGGCUGUGCGACUUUCGCAGAGUUACCGUUACUGCGGGCAACGAUUGGGGACGUAUGCUCUUGAUUUACGAGAGGAAGUCGUGAUGUGAUAGAUGAAUACACGAUCGUGCAUUUGUUUGGCACUACGAAUACAUUUUAACUCACCUCGACCAUCAGGUCGUAUCCAUCAGAUAAUGCGGCGACUUUAAUCGGCAACAUAUGCCCAGCAUCCGCCUAGCGAGUUCUCCUUUCACGAAAGAGCGGUUUUGAGUGACCUAAAAAUUUUAACAGAUACAAAUCUGAAGAUAAUUUUGUUAGACAAUAUAAUUAUACAAUACGUUUAAAUUGUUUGAUAGAAAUAUCAAAAAUUUUGUACAGUAUCAUACAGCCAUACUUAAGCGUAAUAAUUUUUGUAAGAAAAAGAAAAUUAUUUUCAGACUCUAUGAAGCUGAAG